ACAGGACAAAAGCGCCACAUUCAGGCGAAAAGGAGAAAUAUAUGAUGCGUCAAAAACCUAUCAAAUCGUUUUAAAAUGUCAAAAUAAAAAAUAUGUUUUCAACUUUUUCAUAGUUCUUGAAACACUUUUAUUGGAUAAAUCAUAAAAUUAUUAUACGCUUUCAAAACUCUAUUUCAGAUAUUCUAUAACCCCUUACUUAAAUGAUACUUCAAUUACGAUCGUCAUCACGAAAUUAUGAACAGCAAAUUACAAGAUUCUACAUCAAAUGAACUAAGAAUGUCUAAUUCACAAAAAGCGUAUUCUGCUUCUGGCACUAAAAAAAAAUGUUACAAAUUAUUUUUUAGUUGCUUUAAAAUCGGUUGUGAUGAAGAAUCUCAGGAAAAUUCUUGUAAUGGUAAACUUCAAGAAUAUGAUUAUCUUGUUGAAAAACUUCUUGUGAAACGUGUACCUUUUAUCUCCUUUGAAUUACCAAAAGAUACAUUAGAAUCUGAUCUUAACAAAAAAACCGAAAAAUUAUUAACAACAGUAGAAGGGAACACUAUAUUCCCUAAUGGUUCAGAAGCACAAUCAAUAGUAUAUUAUUGUGAUAAAUUAGAUCAGAAUAUACCUAUAAAGGUUCCUAAUAAAUAUCUGUAUUUUGGUACAGAUAUAAACACAUUAUACGAGGGAAAUGAAACAAACAUGUUAACUGUUAAUUACAAUGCUAAAAUGAAAGAAAUAAUGAAUACUUUGAGUAGCUUACAUCCAGAUUUAAAAGAAUAUGAGAAACUACCUAGUGACCAAUGUCCUUUGAAUGUACCCAAGAACAAAACAAUAUUUAAUCCAAAUUCACUGAAUGUAAAGGAUAAUGUUCAGGAACAUAUAAAAUUACUAGUUAAUAACGAAUUACAACAUAAUUGGAAAACAUUUGCAAAUGAAUAUAAAGUUCUGACUGAAAAGACAGCAAGCAUUGAUCCAUCAAAUAUAAAAUUAAGAUGGAAAGUUAUUAUAAAACAAUAUAAAUCUAAAACAUCAUGAAAAUUCAUAAUUAUAUUUCCUACUAUCUUAUCAUUUAUGAUCUUGGAACUUAUUUUAGAGUUAAGAUUUAUAUUUUGAACUUUUUGAUAAUUGUACUUAAUUUGAAAGAUAUUUACAAAUGUGUAUUAUAUAAAACUUAUAUAUAAAAUAGUUUGUUGUAAUAA